AUGCGUUUGCUGAUUGUCGUGUUCACCGUUUUUCAGGGAAGCGACUUCACUUUCGGGGACUUCCCAGCUCAUCUCAAAGAAACUGUCGCCAACAACCUCCCGGACCAUGAGGUUGCCUCUGCCAUCUUCCCCAAAUAUGAAACACGCGGAGAGCUGGCCCAAAGCACCACUGCUUUUCUCGAAUGGUUAAAAGAGCAAGUGAUGGAUUUGCGCAAGGCACACCUCGACAACCCCUGGCCACCAAACGACCGAAAAGUCGGCGUCAUCCUAGUCGCACAUUCCAUGGGCGGUUUCGUCGCCACCGACAGCCUCUUCCGCAUCCUCGACGAGCACCGCCAGAACCCCUCCCCCAACAACAACGCGCCCAUCUUCCCCCUCAUCCAAGGCAUCCUGGCCUUCGACACGCCCCUCAACGGCCUCGCCCGCUCCAUGUUCGUCUACGGCGCCUUCUCCAACUACCAAAAAGUCAGCCACGUCUUCAACAUCAUGACCGCGCUCUCCGCCGCGACCCCCGCCGCCCUGUCCCGCCUGGCCUCCAAGCGCGCCCUCUCCACCGCCACCAACCGCAUCACCAAACCCCGCACGGGGGGUACCAGCCCGGCCUGGAAAGCCUGGCAGCUGAUCGCCAUGCGCACGGGCACCGUCGGCGUGAUCGCGGCCGGCGGCGUCGCCGCCUUCGCCCACCGCCGGCAGAUCCUCGAGGGGAUGCGCAGCGUGCGCGCGCUCACCCGCGCCGACGUCGUGCAGGGCUAUCAGCAGUCCGUCGACGCGGUGGGCCAGGGGCUGGCGUAUGUGAACCGGGGGAAUGUCGGGCGCAGUUUUGCGUGGCUGGCGGACCAUUUUACGUUCGUGGGUGCGCUGCUGAAGCAGAAUGAGUUGACGAGGCGGUUGGAGAGGUUGGCGGCGUUGAGGGGGGUUGGGGUGAGGGAUGUGUAUGUGUCGUUGGGGGAGAAUGGGUAUUGGAGUGGUGGGUAUUUUGUGCCUGAGAGGACGUUUUGUGCGGUCCCCGGGAGGGAGGAGCCCGAGGGGAGGUUGUUUGCGAGGCAUGUGGUGGAGGGGGCGAAGGAUGAGAUUGCGGCGCACGUGGGGUUGUUCAAGAGGGAGAAGAAUGGGGAUUAUGAGAAGAUGACGAAUGAGGCUGCGAAGUUGGUGGUCGACUGGUUCAACGACGAGACGGAGCUCUACGAUGAUCCCAAGUUUCAGGAGCCGGCGCCGGCUGAACCAGAGGAGACUGAGGCCAUUGCGAAGGCGGCGGAUAGUGGCGAGAUUGUGGAAACGGAGGCCGGGCUUACGGCAGCAACCGAGAAGGAGGCGGAAGAGGACGUCGAGAUGGCCGCAGACGAUGAGCAGGUUCCAGACGAGUCACCGAUUGACAUCGCCGCCGCAGCCUCGCUUGUCCCGCUGCCCGACGACAUCGACAAAAACCUCUCGGGAGAUGCCGAUGGGGAUGGGAAGGGUGACCAGAAGCGGGCCUACCUUCGCCAUCUAUUUGGCGUGGCCCAGCAGACCGGGACCAGUCUGCGGUCAUACCUGCCGUCGAAGAUACCCACUGUCGAAAUUCCCAAGGUGUCAAUGCCCGCCGUCAACCUACCGAGUAUGCCCAACAUGCCUAGCGUACCUAGCAUGCCAGCUAUGCCGAGCAUGUCGGUGCCGACGAGGAUGAAUCCAUUCUCCAAGGCGCCUACUGCAGAGACGACGCAAGCUGAGGGUUCAGCAGAAGCCACAAAUGUUACGUCGACUGUCCCCGAACAGGUUGAGGCAGGAAGUGAGAAGACGGGCGAGGAACUCGGCGCCGCUCAGCAGUAAAUGGUUGUUGCUGAAAUUUGGGAUCUUUAGUUUGGUCCUGUCGCGUUAUCAACUUUGGUUUCAUACGCUUCCAUGUUUUCUUUUCUCAUUUUUCUCCCCUUUAUUUUCUCCACUUCAGGAGCAACGAAGAAGCAAAUACACGACCUUGAGAUACCCCAUUGCGAAUUGACCAACCAGCUGUUAUCUCCCUCUAGGCAUCGACGUAGUACAUACAUGCAAGCGCUACUACGCUUUACUAAUUACAGUUCGGUAUCGUUUUCUGUCAAGCGCGCUUUAGCCAAGAGGACGACGAACACCCC